GGAGAACUCGUUAACUGUAGAGCCUACUGGGGAUCCUGAAAUAUUCCUUCUGUCAAAACACUGGCUUCUGCUAUUAACGCGGGGCUUGGCGCGCGCGUAUUUACCUUUUGAACAAUGCCGAUAACGACAAUGAAUUUACGAUAGUAGGCCGCUACACCUUAUACUUACGUAUACCGCGGCUUUCGAUAGACCUUUCUUGAUUUUGGGACAAUUUUGUGAUAUCUGUGAUAUGAUGUGUCGUGAACUGUUGUUGUUGUGGUAAUAUCGCGGUGAUUAUGGAAGACAAUUUUACGAUGAGGCCUUGUGCGACGGACUUUAGUAUUGCGGCUAUAAUGUCGAGGCACGGGAGAGCAAGGGCGGCUAGAUGUAGAGAACGCGAUGCUGACAGUUCAUCGCCGAUAGAUAAAUUUAUAGAUGCUUCCUCUACAUCAGUACCUUCACCUCCAGAAGCAGGUAACUUAAGUUGUACGUCAAUAGCCACAGAUGUAGAAAGCGGUAGAGAUUCGCCUGUGGAUGUUUCCUCAACUUCAGAAUCAAGUACGCCGACGCAAUCAAAUGGAGAAACUAGGUUACCAACCAAAAACCCUCUGUUACAAGAAAGAUGGACCAGUGAAGACCUACGACACGUCACGUGUCACUUAGAAACUAAAGACCUCUGGGAUAAGUUUAACGAUUUAGGUACCGAAAUGAUAAUCACAAAAACUGGGAGGCGGAUGUUUCCUACAGUCAGGGUAUCAUUCGGCGGUAUACGGCCUGAUCAAAGGUCUUCUUGGCUAGUAGCUGGAAAAGCAGAUCCUCCUGCUCCUUGCAGGAUAUACGCCCAUCCAGAUUCACCUUAUACUGGAGAACAACUACGAAAGCAAGUUGUAUCGUUUGAGAAAGUGAAAUUGACGAAUAAUGAAAUGGAUAAACAUGGACAUCUAGUUCUCAAUUCGAUGCACAAGUACCAACCCAGGAUACUGUUAGUGAAAAGACCUGAAGGCGCGUCUGGAAAUGUAACUGAUCUAGAAAAUGAAGAGUACAAAGUAUUUAUUUUUCCUGAGACCAUAUUCACUGCAGUUACGGCUUAUCAAAAUCAAUUGAUAACAAAACUGAAGAUUGACAGCAACCCAUUUGCCAAAGGUUUCAGAGAUUCAUCUAGACUGACAGAAUUCGAAAGGGAAACAAUGGAAUCGAUGCUGGCGGAACAGCAUUACUUCCGCUCACCCCUUCGACCAUUCGGCGAACUAGACACCCACAACAACAACCUUUCGCUCGAAGAAAAAGCCAUUUUAGCUGCCCGCUCUCAGUUAUUUUUACGAGCUGCGGCAGCCGCAGCAGGUCCGUACGCUCCGCUGAUGGGCAGUCUUUAUGGCGCUGGAGCUUCGCAGAGCGCUCCGGUAAAUCCUGUAGUACUGUGGAAUCAAUGGGCCGGACUUGGACCGUCACUCUUAGCUGCGCAGCAUCAGCAUCAGCUAGCUGUAGCUGCCGCUAGUACGUCACAGCUAAGUCCGCAGAUGUCCGGUUCCUUACCGGCGCUGGCCAGGCCUUUAGCUCAGCAUCGGUUUAGCCCUUAUGCGACACCUACUAGAGCGAGUCCUGAUACUAAUCUUAGGGAAGAUGGUGAAAGUCCAAAUAGUCCGUCGUGAAUACAUGGAAAUUGUGAAUAUUAAUUUAUUUAAAUAUUUAUUAGGACACUUUGUAGAGGUUUAAUUCACUAGGGGGCUUUAUGGACCUUAUAUUUGGUUUUUAGAUUUUUAAGUUUGUUUGUAUUUGUAUAUUAUUUAUUUUUAUCGUGGUAUAAUAUCUACAGAUAGAUACACCUAGAAACUUUUAUUUGAAAUGAAAGUUUUCAGAGAAAUCUGCUUUAUGAUUCAAGAUAGCUUGACAAGCAAAAACAUCAGCAGACCUAAUAUUUACUAUGGAUAUUGAAACUAAAAUAAUAAUAACAACGCACUUGUUCAAUUUUCAUUUUCUCUUCUUAUCCUCCUUUAUGAAAAGAAUAAUGUGCUUUAAUUAAUAGGUAUCAUGUUUUACAGUGUUUUUAACUCUAGAGGAAAAAUAGGGCUUAGGAUAAAAAUAAAACGUGAUUGUGAUAUAUUGUAGUACUAAGUUAUAAAAAUUAAACUGUUAUUUUAAUGCCCACUCUACCAUAUAUUUAGGUAAAUGAAAAAUUUGCAUUAAUAACCUAAAAAUUUUUUAAUCUUUCAUGUUUGUAUUAUCUUAUCAUUUAAAAUAAUAGCGAUUUGUUUAUCACUGUUAGUUGUUUUAAAUAUCUUCACUUUUGUGAUCUUUUCACUUUUCUAGGAAAUUUUAUUUUUAGACAAUAAUUUUCAAAAACAACAAAAUCAACUGUUUAACUUGAAAAAAAAAAACCAAUAUAUUGUAAAAUACAUUUUUGUAUAUAAAUAGACUAUUUAUAAUUUAUUACUAUCUAAUGUAUUUACUGACUUCCUUAUUUCUUUUCGCACCUAAAGCCAUUAGGAAAAAUGUAUCUUCCUUAGCGCCGGGCUGACAAACGUCGACUUCCUUCGCAGGGAAAAGAUCUUAGGAAAAAACGGUGUGAAACGAAAUAUUCAGAAGUCGGUACGCUUGUACGCGAUGUUAAUUGUAUAACAAAAAAAAAAUUAAUAAAUAUUACCUCGCUUUAUUUUUAA